AUGCAGCGCGAACGCUUGACCGUCGAGUUCCCGGAGAACUUUCGCUGCCAUCACUACCAAGGUAGCGACACGACGUUUGGUGUUGUGUCUGCCCUGGUCGUUAAAAACGUCUCCACUGCGAUUGCCGACUACCACGCCGACACAUCGAAUGCCAAGCUCCUGUGGGACCCACAGGUUCCAACGGAAGUGUGUGUAAAGGUUGCAGCCAACACGACCCAGGAUGAAAAAAGACAUCGGCACGGCGAUAAGAACGUGCAACCUCGAACAACCUCGAACAACCUCGUGACUGCGGCAGCUCGCGUUGCAGGAUACAUUGAGGACCAGAGCCAGGCCCUUGGCCCGCUCCAAACCGACUACGCUACUGUCGUGACGGCUCGUUUGCCGCCGUCCGCCCCCGUCAAAAUCCCGACAAAUGCGACGAUGCAACAACUCGGUCACAUUGAUGUUAUGGCUGCUCGGCACGAAAUGAAUUCCCAGACCACGGAAAAGUACCGUAGG